AUGGAUAUCAUGGAUGCUAGGGUCGAAACAUCCGCGAAAGCCCCCUUGGUCAGCGGACUAGUUGGCUUUAUUUUCAGUCACUGGGCAAUCAUCAUACCCGCCGCCCUUUUCAUCCGUGCCCUGUACCGAAGAUAUGCCUCCCCGCUGAGAAAAUACCCAGGGCCUUUCCUGGCGUCCGUCUCACGCCUCUGGAAGGUCAUAUCGACGGCGUCUUCCCAAACGCAGUUUGAUCACAUCGAGCUGCACGAAAAGUACGGGUCCAUCGUGCGGAUCGCCCCAGAUGAGGUUUCUCUCGCUUCUCCCGAGGCGGCCAGGCUACUGCUCAGUGCCGGGAAGGGCUUCACCAAGACGGAUUUCUACUCUGUAUUCCCGCCGCCAGAGAACCCAGAUGUAUUCACCGAAGUCAGAGAGGACGUGCACGCACGCUUAAAAAAGGUCGCCAACGUACCAUACUCCAUGGCGGCCAUGCAGCAGCUGAGUCCCUUCAUCGACGACAGCAUCCAGGCCCUGGCGCACAAGCUCGACAGCAUCGCGGACGCGCCGACAGACGACCGGGAUGGCCCGCGCAUGGACCUAGGCAUGUGGCUGCACUGGUUCGCCUUUGACGUCCUGGGCGAGGUGGCUUUCAGCCGGAGCUUCGGGUUCCUCGCAGAGGGAAAGGACGUGGACGGCGCCAUUGAGACCAUCGACAAGUCGCAGCGCUACAACGGAAUCGUCGGCCAGGUACCGUUCCUCGACCACCUGCUCCGCCGCAAUCCGUUUUGGAAGUUCAUCCCCAGCUUCAACACCGCCAACGCCUUGAUCACAAAGAUUGCUAUGAGCGAGCUAGUUCGCCGGAAGCCGUAUGACAAGGAGAGCGAGGGCAAGUGGAGGGGCGGAGAUGGGCGGCAAGAUCUCCUGGCUAGUUUGAUCAAGGGUCAUUUGAAAGACCCAGAGCGCUUCUCAGAGGGUGACAUCUUUGCUGUUGCCCACGGAGCCAUCUUUGCCGGGUCCGACUCGACGGCGUCAACGAUGCAGUCCUUUUUCUGGCACUGCCUCUCUGAUCCACGUGUCCGUGAGGUGCUCCUUGACGAGAUAGACAGCGCCGUCGCCGCCGGUCGCAUCCCACCAUCCGGCAACAUCGGCUGGAAUGAAGCCCAGACGCUGUCGUAUUUCCAGGCCUGCCUCAAGGAGACGAUGCGAAUGCGGCCGGCAGUCGGUCUCAACAUCACCAGGCAUGUUCCUCCCGAGGGGGCCGAACUCGAUGGGCAUUUCUUCCGCGGCGGCACCAGGGUCGCAGUCAACGGCUGGGUGCUGCACCGAGACAAAGGCGUCUUUGGAGAUGAUGCAAAGGAGUUUAGACCCGAGAGGUGGCUGGAAGAUGCCGAGAACGCAAAGAGGAUGGACAGAUAUAUGUUUCAGUUUGGUGGUGGUGCACACCUCUGCAUCGGCAGGAACCUGGCGCUUCUGGAGAUGAACAAAGUAGUACCCAUGUUGCUACGGGAUUACAACUUGCAUCUAGUCAACCCUGGCAGGCCGCUGAAGGCGACGGCGAGCUUCUUUGUGGUGCAAAGUGGGCUUCAUGUAUACAUCUCGAGGAAAAAGAAGUGAUUUUGUCACUUUUCAAAAACCUCUAGAAUUGUGGUGCUGUUGAGUUAGACUUGAAUACAUCCAUACAUCCAUAGGUACUAGGUUGGCAACUGCCACAGCAGCCCGGUUAGCUCGGGGUGCACGAUAGGCGGAUUCAGUAGGUACCUAAGUAGGGGUGAGUGGGUAAAAAUAGAAAGGCAAUAUUCGAUGAAUGACGCCAUGGUGAGCUUCCUUAGCUUCGUACACAUGCGUACCUACUUAGGCAAGCACUCUACCUUAGCUACCACUUGGCGCGCCAAUAUGGUCUUGUCAAAUUUAC